CCGAGCACGGUGCGCCAAAGCCCGCCUACGUUCUUGGGGCUGUUGGAGAGGCCGUCGCCGUCUCCCACAAUUAGCGGCUCUCGCUUCGGCUCCCGCAGCGCCCCGCCAAAAGCGCGUGAAAGCUCCGCAAAGGCCGCCGUUCGCUGGUACCCCAACCGACUGUUCGUCGCCCGAGUCCAGAACUUCCGACACCAAAAACACCCUUUCCUAUAGGUACCUACACACCACGUACACCCGCGUAUGCGACUGCGGCCCCCAACACAAUGCCAGGUCCCGUAGUGCCGGCACGGCGACGCGUGCGCCUUUCCAACUUCCAAUCCAAACCGAGUCCGACGCCGCCACCUGUGCAGCCUGUGCAGCGUCCCAAACACACCUGUUGCGACAACCCCGAGAUUGGCGAAGACGAUGGAAGGACCGUCUGCUUCAACUGUGGUAUGAUCCAUGACGAAAGCAAUAUCGUUUCUGAGAUCACGUUCGGCGAGACCUCUGGCGGUCGGGCAAUGGUCCAUGGCGGCACCGUAGGAAACGACCAACGGCACGCGAACAGUAUGGGCGGACAGGCUUCGGGUAUCAACGGUGGAGACAGCGGGCAAACGACGGCCGACCGAGGCAAGAGCGCCAUCAACAGCAUUUGCUCCAAAAUAAACGUUCCAUCCGACGGAGUCAUCGCCAUUAACGCCAAAAAGUGGUAUCAGCUCGCACUCAACCACAGCUUCGUCCAGGGUCGCGGCAUAUUCAAAGUAGCCGCAGCCGCGAUUUAUCUCGCCUCUCGGAGACACAAAGGAAGCACGGUGCUGCUUAUGGAUCUGGCCGAGAGCAUCCAGGUCAACGUGUGGAACCUCGGAACGGUGUACAGGUCAUUCUGCCAGGUCCUAAUGGCGGACGACUCCUCGGGCAUCAAUGGAAACGACGUCCUUGAGAUAGAGCCGCUCAUGCUCAAGUUUUGCCAGAGGCUCGAAUUCGACCAAGAUUCGCACAGAGUGGCGGCCGAUGCUUGCCUAAUCUUGAAGCGCAUGUCCAGAGACUGGAUGGUACAAGGACGUAAUCCUGCAGGCUUGUGUGGCGCGUGCAUCAUCCUCGCUGCGCGCAUGAACAAUUUCCGCCGCACCGUUCGAGAAGUCGUUUACGUCGUCAAAGUCGCCGAUACAACCAUCAACCAGCGCCUCUACGAGUACCGACGAACACAAAGUGCCCAGCUUACCGUGAAGCAGUUUCGAGAAUUUGCACCACGGCUGAGGACCAAAAUUGCCCCUCCCGCAGUCUACCUCCGUCAAGAGAGGGAAGAGAGGGCCGAGGCGCGAAAGCGAAAGGCGUCUGAACUUGUAGAUGGGGAGACCGAGAACUUUGACGAACUGGACGAUGCAGAAGAGGAUCUUCCAGAGGGUGCAACACCGCCAGCACCGAGCAAACCUACCAAACGCCAGGCAGAGAUCUUGAAGAAACGGAAAACCGACAGCGGAGGGCAAUUGCCCACCCCAGCACAAACCCAGGAGUUGGAUCAGGCGAACAGUCAAGGUUCUGAAGACAUGGUCGUAGAUGUCGACGCUUUGACUGCGAUGGCAGAAGAUGAUAUCGAUGCGGGCCUGGAUGCUCUAGCGAAUGCUGAGGAUGCUGCUGCCGCAGACGAAGAGGCUAUUGUCGUCCCUAAGAAGCGCGGACGGCCACGCAAAAAACGUGCACCAGUCAUAAUUCCCGAGGAAGAUCUCGAAGUGGAGCAGGAGCUCGAAGAAGAGAUGCUAGAAGCCAUGUCCAAGUGGGAAGGCAUCUUCAAGGAGUUCAAAGAGAACGACAACCAUGUUACCUUCAUCGAUAGUCUUGAGAAGGCACGCAGACUCGUCGAACUGCACAAGCCUGAUCGUGACGUCAACAGCGAGGAAGAGAUUGGCGAAGAUGAAUUCCAGGGCGACCCAGACGUGGACUUCUGCGAGCUCUCUUACGAGGAGUCUCAAGCCAAGGAGAGGAUAUGGCUGAUCGAGAACGAGGACUGGCUGCGCCAACAACAAGAGAAGAUUCUCCUCAAAGCCCUGGAAGAGGCAAGAGGCAACCCCAAGAAGCCAAAGCAGAAGCGGCGGAAGCAGCAGAUGGGCGACGGCAGCAUCCUCGAAGGCCAACCCGCUGCCAGCGCGGAAGAGGCUGCAAAGAAGAUGCUGCAGAAGCGCGCCAAGCACUUCAGCAGCCACAUCAACUAUGACGUGUUCAAAGACCUUAUGCCUACUGCGAGCGACGCUUCCUCGGGCACUGCAACACCCGCGGAGCAAGCUGCAACUCCUGUACCUGAGCAGCCCACAUACCAAACUGUGCCGGUUGGUGAUGGUGAUGACGAAGAGGAAGAAGACCAGGACGUGGACGAGGACGAGGAGGAGAUGGACCCCAACCUGCUUAUGAGUGAUGAUGAGCAAGGCUUCGGCUCGGAUGAGAAUUACGGAGAUUACUGAGAGGCUUGAGGCAAUGCUUUCGGGCCUUCUCGACCUCGCAGAGUCUUGCGAGAGGUGGGAGGAUGGUUCCAUCUCCAUGGUUUUCUUGGCGCGAGAUCUGGGAACAGUACUGUGUAUUGGUGCAAGUGGAUGAUGCUGACGGCAUCCCCAGGCGUUGAUUUGCAUUAUAUACCCCGGCACAUGUAGUGGAGUUCGGACCUGGUUUAGUGCCUUGCGUUUUUGCACCAUGCGAAGUAUUAAGCAACCCUCUCGUGUAGACAGACAGUUAGGAUAGCUACGAAUAACGAUUUCAAGC